AUGAUGCGAAGCUUUGAGGUACACGUCAAAACCCUAGGCGUUCCCGUCCGGUCAGUUCUCUUCUCGAUCUUUACCUCUAAGCAGAAACCACCGUCGCUCUCACUGCUUCCAUUGCAGCUCCCUUUCCGAUCAUUGUCAGUGACUCCCUCUCGUUAUUUCUCCAAUGUCAUAUCAUACUCCAAUUCACCGAUCCACGGGUUUCGAUCAAGCCGAAACUUCGAGUCUCUCUUCACCUUGAGGGCUAUUGCUUCUUCUUCUCCCGCCGCUUCGGUUCAGCCGCAGCCGAAUCAGCAUCCAGGGGAGUAUGGUGCAACGGUCCCGUCUUCGGAGGUUGGUGAUGGGAAUUAUGGCGGAUUAGAGGAAGAAACCAAGCUUUCUCUUCCUGUACGAGCUUAUUUCUUCUCCACUAGCGUUGAUUUGAGAAGCUUAGUUGAGCAAAACAAGCAGAAUUUCAUCCCGCCCACUUCGCGUAUGACUAACUACGUUGUUCUUAAGUUUGGCAAUCAUUCUGAUCCCACCGAUACUGGACCUACUGGUGGUUGCAUAAGUGGGAGUGAGUGUAUUUACAUGGUAGUAUUUCAGUAUGGAUCGAUUGUUUUAUUUAACGUAAGGGAACACGAGGUUGAUGAGUAUCUUAAAGUGGUGGAGAGGCAUGCUUCUGGUUUGCUUCCUGAAAUGAGAAAAGAUGAAUACGAAGUAAGAGAGAAUCCAACUCUGAACACCUGGAUGCAAGGGGGGCUGGAUUACAUCAUGUUGCAGUUUUUGAAUAUUGAUGGCAUCAGAACCAUAGGCAGUGUUCUUGGCCAGAGUAUUGCUCUCGAUUACUAUGGCCGGCAGGUUGAUGAUAUGGUAGCAGAGUUUACUGACAUAAACCGUGGAAUGGAGAAAACUGGAACGUUUACAAUGGAAAGGAAAAAGCUGUUCCAGCUGGUUGGAAAGGCUAAUUCUAAUCUAGCUGAUGUGAUUCUGAAGCUUGGUCUUUUUGAGAGGUCAGAUAUAGCUUGGAAAGAUGCGAAAUAUGCUCAGAUAUGGGAGUAUCUGAGAGAUGAAUUUGAACUGACUCAGAGAUUUGCAAGCCUUGAUUUUAAGCUGAAGUUUGUAGAGCACAACAUUCGUUUCCUUCAGGAAAUUCUUCAGAACAGGAAAUCAGAUUUUCUUGAAUGGCUAAUCAUUAUCCUGAUUAGUGCUGAAAUCGCGAUUUCUUUGUAUGAUCUGGUCCGGAGAUCCUUGUGA